AUUAUUAUAAUAUAUAUAAAUAAGGUGCACCGUGGAUCUGUUGAAUGGCUACCCCUCAUGCAGCCAGCCCUGCCCUGCAGACCAGCUGCUCUCGAAAUCUUUCCCCUCCGGAGGCGCCGGCCGCCAGGAAGGACCUGGUGGAGAACCACAGCAACCUCCUGCGCGUCGCGGACUACUGCGAGCACAACUUCCUCCAGGCGGAGGACUCCACCAAGGCGGUGGAGGAAGCCAAGGGCUUGGCUGCCCAGGCUCUGGCCAGUGUGUCGUACCAGAUCAACAGCCUGGCCACCAACGUGCUGAGGCUGCUGGACUCCCAGGCCAUGCAGAUCACCGACAUGGCGUCCUCGGUCAACCUGCUGUCACUGGCGGCCGCCAUCCACUGCGAGACGGUAGCCAGGAGAGAGAUCGGCGCUUUCACGACUCCCAAAAACAGGAGCCGCUGCAAGCCGGUGACCCCGCCGGCUUCGGGCAAGGAGGCCGAGAGCGGCUACACCAGAGUGCCCAUAUCCUACUCCGUCCUGGACUCCACCGGACACUGUUUUGCGUUCACCGAGCAGCCGCCCAGAGAGAGAGCGGACACCACAGAGAGCGUACAGCCGGCCGCAGACUACCUGGUAUCCAGUCUGGGCAUUGCUGUGCCUCCACCCUCAGUCCCCACCUUGCGUACUGCCUCCCACCCCGUGGACCACGGCCCGCCUCCCCCGCCUGCCGAUUUGGACCUUGAUAUGCCCUCCCCUCCUCCACCACCACCUCCGUCUUCCUACAUGGACGACGGCCUCCCCCCACCGCCGUCCUUCUCGGCCUCGCCCACGGGUCUGCCCCCACCUCCCCCUCCGCCGCCAACCUCUCUGUCAAAUGGCUCCUACCCGCCUCCGCCUCCUCCGAUAUCGGGAGCUGCAUCCCCUCCUCCACCACCACCACCCCUUCAAACUGGCACCUUUGGUAUGGCCCCACCACCACCACCACCACCUCCUCCAGUAUCAGGAGCUGCAUUCCCUCCACCUCCACCACCGCCCCUUCACACUGGCACCUUUGGUAUGGCCCCACCACCACCACCACCUCCUCCAGUAUCAGGAGCUGCAUUCCCUCCACCUCCACCACCGCCCCUUCACACUGGCACCUUUGGUAUGGCCCCACCACCACCACCUCCUCCAGUAUCAGGAGCUGCAUCCCCUCCUCCUCCACCACCACCGCCCCCUCACACUGGCACCUCUGGUAUGGUGCCUCCACCCCACCCUCUCCUACGCUAGUGAACAUGAUGUUUUGGGAUGAUUUUUGUUCUAACUGCUGUGUUUCGCCAUCAGACGUGUAAAACAUGGAAAUAUCUUCGGCCCGAGAUCAAAGUUGAGCGUUAAUAAUAAAAAUAAAAACCUUGGUAAAAUGUU